AUGGAAUCUCUCAACCUCAACAACCUCGUCAACUCCCUCCCUUCCUCCAGCUAUGCAAAUGCAGAGAAGGAGCUUUCCAACAACUUCAAGGCCGCAGCACUCAGCCUGACCACCCUCUUCCGCACGUCUAAGACUGCCUCCAAGCGCGCCUACAACGCUGGAUACUCUGCCGCCUGUCAUGAUCUUCUCAGCAUGAUUCAGCAGGGUGUGUCCGCCGACGCCGACCCCAGUCGCGAGGUCACUAUCGGCCGUAUCAUGGACUACAUCGAAGCCCGCCUGGAGGCCAUCAAGUCCCGCGAAGAGGAAGAGGAGGAAGAGGAUGAACGAGAGCGCGUCGCAAGGGCAGGUCCUACAUCCGUCGCCGCCUCUGCCCCCGCCUCUGCCCCCGCCUCCGCCAGUGCUCCGCCGAAGCCCGCACACGCAGUGUCGGCGCCCAAGCCUCCUAGCCCGACCCUGCCUCCGGUCCGGAGAGAACAGGCACCUCCCACACCCUACACUCCAACCGAGACGACUCGCCCCUUCCUCCCGCCCGCACUUUCCCCAACCCCUUCGCUCUUCACCUCCCGCUCAGCCCCACUGAUGAGCAAUACCACUACGUCCCCGCUCCCCCUACGCGCGUCCAAGUCGCGCCUCGUCUCCUCUCUCGCCACGAACCCGAAGGAGCUCUCCUCCAUCCCACUCCCCUCCUCCCCCGUGCCCUUCACGUUCGAGCCCAUCACGCUCGGGACGCCUCCCGCGGAGGUCGCGUCUAUGAAGCGCAGACGCGAGUCCGCGGCCGAUGCCGUCGUCGCGGCCUCCCCGGAGGUACAGGCGGCAGGGACGAGCCGGCGCCGGACGCGGAGCUGGCGAGGCGAGAAUCAGCAGCACCAACAUAGCGCGGGAAGCCAGAGCGGGGACGCGAUGGACGUCGAGGAAGAAGGGCCGCAGCGGAAGCGUGUCGCGCGCCGGUAG